UUUAAUAUGGCAUAAUUUUAGCAAAUACUUUCUGUUUAUUAAAAAAAAUACUUUUGGGGGAUACACAUAAAAUAAUGUUUUCAUCCCUCGGUGUUUUAUUUUGAAUCAAAAGACUUAUUUUGAAAUCAAAUAUCUCUCCAUCCGGAAGUCCUUUUACGUGAUAUCCUGGCAGCAUUUUCUAGAGCAACUGACAUUUCACGGUGAUUUGAGACCUUCAAAAAACGAUUUGUUUGAGUUUUGCAUCCCUUAUAAUUAAAGAAGAUCCGUGGUGAGAAGAAAAUAUGUCGCACACAAUUUUGCUUGUCCAACCGACCAAGAGACCAGAGGGACGCACGUAUGCGGACUACGAGUCGGUGAAUGAGUGCAUGGAAGGUGUUUGCAAAAUGUAUGAAGAGCACCUUAAAAGGAUGAAUCCGAACAGCCCUUCCAUAACUUAUGACAUCAGUCAGCUGUUCGAUUUCAUUGAUGACCUGGCUGAUCUGAGCUGUCUUGUGUACAGAGCUGACACUCAAACAUACCAACCAUACAACAAAGACUGGAUUAAGGAGAAGAUAUAUGUUCUUCUACGGCGUCAAGCUCAGCAAGCAGCAAAGUAAAGGCAUCUCUGAUUUGUUGUCCUGCUACACACACUUGAAAGGAGUUAGUGCUGCUCUACAGUUACACAGCACACUCUAGAUUUGUGUAUUACGACAGCAUUGUAAGUCUGACAAGGGCAGUUUUCCAUAAAAUAGUGUACAUUUAUUAUACUAUACAUUGUAAAAAGAGCAUUUUUUUAAAGAUGGGGGUGUGGGGGGUAUUUUGGACUUUAAACUGAAAUUGCAUGUCAAUUUCAAUGCUUGGCAGCUUUUUCUUAUUCUCAUUCAUCUGUUUCUAAAUUGUUACAUGAUUGUGAGAAUGGAGAUAAUGGCUAGAAGCACUAACUUUUUGAUGGCAAGAGAUCCCCUCUGCAAAUAAAAUCCCCCAUGGUUUUUUGUUUGUGCAAGUGCAGUGGGCUUCCAAUGCAGGUUGUAUACUAUGGGAUUUGGUUAAAGUGGAGACUUGUUCUCCCAUUUAUCAAACAACUCCCAAAAGGUUGAUUUGUCUUUUUUUUUUUUUUUAAUUUCUUAUGCUAUUACCACAUGGAUUUAGUUUCAUGAUGUGAACUUUUUUUGUAAACCUUUUGUCUGAUUGUGUCUGAACCACCUGGUUUUGUUUUUUUUAAUCAUGUUUCAGAUUUCUUUGAUUUAAAUAAAAGAAACGGUUGUUUUCUGA